GGCUGCCGGCGGGCGGCAGAGGGUGGAGGAAGAGAAGCAGUAGAGGGAGGAGUUGCCGCCGCCGCUGUCGCCGAGACCACUGCCGCGGCCACAGCCACCGGCGCUGCUAUGAUUUCUCCCGACGCGUGAGAUCGGAGCCUCGGCGCGUGAACUGGUCGCUGUCACGGGCUGCGUAGCUCCGGAGGUUUAACCGUAGGACGAAAACCAGGAUUCAAAACCCUGGGCAGAAGCAUCUGUCCAGCCAGGUCUAGAAGCACUUAGCAGCAUCUCAGCUUCAAGGAUGAAGGGAAUGUAAAGAAGAAAUCAGAAUGGAUCCAAACAUGAGUGUGAGUUGUGUCAGCAUCUCUGUGGAGGGGAUGACGUGUAGUUCCUGCGUCUGGACCAUCGAGCAGCACAUUGGAAAACUGAACGGUGUGCAUCACAUUAAAGUCUCCCUGGAAGAAAAAAAUGCAACUAUUAUUUAUGACCCUAAACUACAGACUGCAGAGACCAUGCAGGAAGCUAUCGACGACAUGGGCUUUGAUGCUAUCCUCCACAGUCCCCACCCUGUCCCUGUUUUAACCGACACCGUGUGUCUGCGAGUUCCUGGUUCCCUGACUGCGCCGUGGGACCAUAUCCAAAGCACAUUGCUCAAGGCCAAGGGUGUCACAGACAUUAACAUUUCCCCUCAGCAAAGAAGUGCAGUGGUGACGAUAAUCCCUUCUUUAGUGAAUGCCAAUCGGAUAAUGGAGCUGGUUCCAGAUCUCAUUUUCGAUCCUGGAACUGUGGAGAAAAAGUCAGGGACCUGUGAAGAUUACAGGGUGGCUCCGGCGGGUGAAGUCAAGCUGAAGAUGAAAGUGGAGGGGAUGACCUGCCACUCGUGCACAAGCACCAUCGAAGGGAAAAUAGGGAAACUGCAGGGUGUUCAGCAAAUUAAAGUCUCCUUGGACAACCAAGAAGCUACUGUUGUUUAUCAACCUCAUCUUAUCACAGGAGAGGAAAUCAAGAAGCAGAUUGAAGCUGCGGGCUUUCCAGCAUUCAUCAAAAAGCAGCACAAGUGCAUGUUGGGAAAUAUCGAUAUAGGACGUCUACAAAACACACCAGUCAAAUCCCCAGAAGGAUCACAGCCGAGGAGUCCAGCAUGUGCUGAUGGUUUUUCCACAGCCACUUUCUCCAUAGAAGGCAUGCAUUGUAAAUCGUGUGUGUCAAACAUUGAAAGUGCUUUAUCUACACUCCAGUAUAUAAGCAGCAUAGUAGUUUCCUUAGAGAACAGAUCUGCUGUCGUCAAGUACAAUCCAAACUUAGUCACUCCAGAAGCCCUGAGAAAAGCAAUAGAGGCCGUACCACCAGGACAGUAUAGAGUUAGUAUUACAGGUGGAGUUGACAGUACCUCAAACUCUCCUUCUGGCUCCUGUCCACAGAAGAUUCCCUUGAACGUGGUUAGCCAGCCCCUGACUCAAGAAACUGUGAUCAACAUCAGUGGCAUGACUUGUAACUCCUGUGUGCAGUCUAUCGAGGGGGUCAUGUCAAAAAAGGCAGGGGUAAAAUCCAUACUAGUGUCCCUCGCAAACAGCAAUGGAACUGUAGAAUACGACCCUCUACUGACCUCUCCAGAAACCUUGAGGAAAGCAAUAGAAGACAUGGGAUUUGAUGCUACCUUGCCAGAUACAAAUGAGCCCCCAUCGGAAAUGCCACAUUUGACCCCAACUAAUGAAUUUCAUACUAAAAUGAUGACACCAAUUCAUGACAAGGAGGACGUAAAGACUUCAUCUAAGUGUUACAUACAGGUCACUGGUAUGACCUGUGCUUCCUGUGUAGCAAACAUUGAACGGAAUUUAAGGCGAGAAGAAGGAAUAUAUUCUGUACUCGUGGCUCUGAUGGCUGGCAAGGCAGAAGUAAGAUAUAAUCCUGUUGUUAUACAACCCCUGGUGAUAGCCGAGUUCAUCCGAGAGCUUGGAUUUGGAGCCACUGUGAUAGAAAAUGCCGAUGAAGGGGAUGGUGUUUUGGAACUUGUUGUGAGAGGAAUGACGUGCGCCUCCUGUGUCCAUAAAAUAGAAUCCACCCUCACCAAGCACAGCGGGAUUUUCUACUGCUCUGUGGCCCUGGCAACCAACAAAGCACAUAUUAAAUAUGAUCCAGAAAUUAUUGGCCCCAGAGAUAUUAUCCAUACAAUUGAAAGCUUAGGUUUCGAAGCGUCUUUGGUCAAGAAGGAUCGGUCAGCAAGCCACCUAGACCAUAAGCGAGAGAUAAGACAAUGGAGACGGUCCUUCCUUGUGAGCCUGUUUUUCUGUAUUCCUGUUAUGGGGCUGAUGAUAUAUAUGAUGGUUGUGGACCACCAGCUUGCAACUCUGUACCAUAAUAAGACCAUGAGCCAAGAAGAAAUGGUCAAACAUCAUUCUUCUAUGCCCCUGGAGCACCAGAUCCUGCCAGGAUUGUCCAUUAUGAAUUUGCUAUCCUUUAUAUUGUGUGUACCUGUGCAGUUUUUCGGAGGCUGGUACUUCUACAUUCAGGCCUACAAAGCUCUGAAGCAUAAGACUGCAAAUAUGGACGUGCUGAUUGUGCUGGCCACCACCAUUGCAUUCGCCUACUCUUUGGUUAUCCUUCUUGUCGCAAUGUUUGAGAGAGCCGAAGUGAACCCUAUUACUUUCUUUGACACCCCUCCUAUGCUAUUUGUGUUUAUUGCGCUGGGCCGGUGGCUGGAGCAUAUAGCAAAGGGCAAGACAUCAGAGGCUCUUGCCAAGCUAAUUUCACUGCAAGCUACAGAGGCAACUAUUGUAACUCUUGACUCUGAUAAUAUCCUCUUGAGUGAAGAACAAGUGGAUGUGGAACUUGUACAACGUGGAGACAUCAUUAAAGUGGUCCCAGGAGGCAAAUUUCCAGUAGAUGGCCGUGUCAUCGAAGGACAUUCUAUGGUAGACGAGUCCCUCAUCACAGGGGAGGCAAUGCCUGUGGCCAAGAAAUCUGGCAGCACAGUGAUUGCUGGUUCCAUCAACCAGAAUGGGUCCCUGUUCAUCCGCGCAACCCAUGUUGGAGCGGACACAACCCUUUCUCAAAUUGUCAAACUUGUGGAGGAGGCACAAACCUCAAAGGCUCCCAUCCAGCAGUUUGCAGACAAACUCAGUGGCUACUUUGUUCCUUUUAUUGUUAUUAUUUCCAUUGUUACCCUCUUGGUUUGGAUUAUAAUUGGAUUUCUGCAUUUUCAAGUUGUCGAAACCUACUUUCCUGGCUACAACAGAAGUAUCUCCCAGACCGAGACGAUAAUACGCUUUGCUUUCCAAGCCUCUAUCACAGUUCUGUGCAUUGCAUGCCCCUGCUCCCUGGGCCUGGCGACCCCAACUGCUGUGAUGGUGGGUACGGGAGUAGGCGCUCAAAAUGGCAUUCUAAUCAAAGGUGGUGAGCCAUUGGAGAUGGCCCAUAAGGUGAAGGUAGUGGUGUUUGAUAAGACUGGAACCAUUACGCAUGGAACCCCAGUAGUGAGUCAAGUAAAGGUUCUAGUGGAAAGUAACAGAAUAUCACGCACUAAGAUCCUGGCCAUUGUGGGAACUGCUGAGAGUCACAGUGAGCACCCUCUGGGAGCAGCUGUGACCAAAUACUGCAAGCAGGAGCUGGCCACCGAAACCUUGGGUACCUGCAUAGACUUCCAGGUUGUGCCAGGCUGUGGUAUUAGCUGUAAAGUCACCAACAUCGAAGGCUUGCUACAAAAGAAUAACUGGAAGAUAGAGGAAAAUAAUAUGAAAAAUGCAUCCCUGGUUCAGAUCGAUGCAGGUGAUGACCAGUUACCAGCUUCGUCUUCCAUGAUCAUUGAUGCCCACCUCUCAAAUGCUGUUAAUGCUCAGCAGUACAAAGUCCUCAUUGGUAACCGGGAGUGGAUGAUCAGGAAUGGUCUCGUCAUUAAUAAUGACGUAGAUGACUGCAUGAUUGAACAUGAGAGAAAGGGUCGGACUGCCGUCUUGGUGGCCAUCGAUGGCAUGCUGUGCGGCCUGAUAGCGAUCGCCGACACAGUGAAGCCCGAAGCAGAGCUGGCUGUCCAUAUCCUGAAGUCUAUGGGCUUAGAAGUCGUUCUCAUGACUGGAGACAACAGCAAGACGGCUAGGUCUAUCGCUACUCAGGUCGGCAUCACUAAGGUGUUUGCUGAAGUUCUCCCUUCCCACAAGGUUGCUAAGGUGAAGCAACUUCAAGAGGAGGGCAAACGGGUAGCAAUGGUAGGAGACGGAAUCAAUGACUCCCCCGCUCUGGCCAUGGCCAACGUGGGAAUUGCCAUCGGCACGGGCACAGAUGUAGCCAUUGAGGCGGCCGACGUGGUUUUGAUAAGGAAUGAUCUUCUGGAUGUCGUAGCAAGUAUUGAUUUAUCAAGGAAGACAGUCAAGAGGAUUCGGAUAAACUUUGUCUUCGCUCUCAUUUAUAAUCUGGUUGGAAUCCCCAUAGCUGCUGGAGUGUUUAUGCCCAUCGGUUUGGUUCUGCAGCCUUGGAUGGGGUCCGCUGCGAUGGCCGCUUCAUCUGUCUCAGUAGUGCUGUCUUCUCUCUUCCUGAAACUGUACAGGAAACCAACCUACGAGAAUUACGAUCUGCGUGCCCGAAGCCCGAUGGGACAGAAAAGCCCUUCGGAAGUCAGCGUUCACGUCGGAAUAGAUGACACCUCAAGAAGUUCUCCGAAACUGGGUUUGCUGCACCGCAUUGUGAAUUACAGCAGAGCCUCCAUCAACUCCCUGCGCUCGGAUAAACGGUCCCUAACCAGCAUCGCUACCAGUGAACCCGACAAGCACUCACUCUUGGUGGGAGAUUACAGGGAAGACGACGAUGACACCGCGUUGUAACAGGCCAGGCCACAGGGGGCAGCCCCUUGAGCGCCUGUCCGCCUGUCGGUGUAUGCACUGACUCGCCACUCACCACCGUCACCUUCGCCUUGUAAAAGAUUGAGGAAGGACUUGGUGUUGGUCUCACGCUCUUAUACUAGGGAUUUUAUUUGCAUUGCAUUUUUCCCGAUGGUAACAAUGUCCUUUUCAGGGCAUCGGCGCUCUGAACCCAGCUUUAUUUAGAGUGGAUUUCCAAUCUCUUGUUUUCCCUAGCAACAGGUAAAAUGAGCCAGUGAGCUUUACAGCAGGCCAGCAAGCCCUACCAUUGAAGAUUGCCAAACUGUUGCUAAAGUGAUAGAUCAUUUGUUUUCUUUGAUGAAAAAAAAAAAAAAAGCUGAAGGAAACGGUAAUUAAAUAUUUGAAGAUUUCAGAGUACGGUCCCGAGGAACUUCUCGAGCCCUGAUCCCUGCCUGAUGGGGCAACUGUGGCUUUCAGAGCCUUGUAUAAAGCAUCUAGUUUUAGAAAGAAAACAGUAGAAACUGUUUAAACAUAGAUGUGCCUUAAUUAUUACUGGCUUGAUCCCCCCCCCCCCGCCUUAUUCUCCCUGCACCUAGGUCCUUGUGGUUGCUUUCGUAGAUGACCCAGUGUGUUUUCUUUUGUAGUUUCCUUUGAGGACGCUAAGCGUGGGUGGUUGUUUCAUUGAUAAAAAUAACUGACCAUUUCCCCAAUAUCUUGUUCCUUUCUUUAUCUUGUAGUUCAAACGUCCUUAAAGGUAGCAUGCCCUGCUUCUCACCUUUCCGUUGUAAAAAGCGUAGCAGAUUCUUCCCGCAGUGACUCCCGAGCUUGGUGAAAGCUUUCCGUUCACUCCUGUUGAGUUCAGCGCUAGGUCGUUCUGUCCAUAUCGGUGCCCAAACUGAAGAUUUUGAGCCUCUUCCACAGUUGUUGUUUUCAAAGAUCAAAGAUGUGUCAAAGAUUUUUUUAAACCAUGUUCAACAUAUACGGGUCAUACAAUUACCUGGACUCACUAAAUUUGUCCCCCCCCCUUUUUAUAAGACCUUAGCUGGUAGAUAUCAUGUAAUAGAUUUUAAUUGUCUUUUAGUGUUUUAGGGAACCCCUCAAGAUGACUUUAAAGUAAUGCUAUUACACAAAACUGCUUUGACCAAAAAUACAAUGAAUUGUGAUACCGAAAUGAGAAUUUCCCUUGGUUGUGAUAUACCUUUCAGGCAAAUCUGUACUUUGCUCUAGUUUAAAACAUUUGCACUCGCUAAUUAGUUAGUAUGAUUGGCAAAUUCAGGGGCUUGUUCUCAUUGCCGUAUAAAUUUAGAAAUUCCCCUGCAAGUGCCUGGGAGUUAAUACACUACUCGCCAGAGAUCUGGUACUUGUCUCACUAUUGAAAUUCCCUUGUUAACUGUGAGAUGGAUUUCAUAUGUAGCAUACAUAAGUGAAGAGAACACAUAAAUGAAUUUCCAAUGUUUUGUUCCCACUGCCAUAAUGUAAAGCUGCUAGCACAGUGCCUGGCACAUGCUGUUGGUAAUCAGCAAAUGUUCUUUUCUCUGCUUGAGGUCAGUAAUAACGAUUAAAAAUCAUUUUGAUAGGACGGAGUCUGCCAUCAGGUGGGAGUGGGGGAUGGGUGUCUUCCCAGCCUACUUCCUUUCUGUUACCUUUACACACGUGCGCACAUGCACGUGUGCACACACACACACAAGAAGUUUACAACAUUAUUCCAUGCUGUCUUUGUAGAUUUGGAAAAGAUCCCAUUUUUAUCUCAGCUAUUUUAGAGAGAGCUGAAACUUCAUGAAGGUGCUAUUAAUCUAGAAAGGCAAACCCACUGUAAUGAAGUGUGAAUGAGUUUGUAGUCUAGGCCUUUCCUUAGACCAACGCCUACACUACCUUCCAUGCUGCUGGUUUGAGUUUUAACAUUUUCUACCUUUCAUUCCAAUGGCUUCUCUUACCUAGAAGAAACACUUAAUAUGACAGGUGUAUAUUAGAGUUUUCAAAAAAGAAGCCCACCUCUCUUUCUCACUUUCACUCUUUUUCUUCUCUCUCUCCCUCUGAAGCACUUGAAUAUAGCUAGUUACCGCUUUCAUUGUUCUGUGUGUGUUUGAGCUGUGCUCUUGGGCCCCACCUGCCAAGGGACCCAAGUCACGGGGACUGUGCAAGGAGCAGCCUAUAGUCUGGGGGAAAUUAAGGAUCUCAUUUCAGCCCUUACUACCAGAGCAGGAGACAUGCUCUUUAGAAAGAAUCCAUCUUUCAAUGUCUGUAGGCACCUUUGAAUUCUCUCCCACAAGUCUUGUUUGCAAUCUUGAACUCCCGUGAGCUUCCCAGAGCAGCUGUAUUCACAGGAGAGAGAGGCAGUACACGGAGGGGACCCAAAAUGUGGCUUUCAGUUAGUUGUAACUUGCAUCAAAUAACUAGUUAAUGGUGAGAACAAAGUUUAUUAAUGUGUCUAUGUCUAUUCAUAUUCAGAUAUAAACAUACACACACAUACACACACAUAUUACCAUAUAGAAAGAAACUAAAUUGACAGUGGUCCCGCUUUACCCACAUGGAACAUGUUCGCAGACCCCCAUAGAUGCCUGAAACCAUGGAUAAUACUGGACGCUACAUGUACUAUGCUUUUCCCUAUCAUACAUCCUUUUCACUUAAACAAAGCACUUUAUGGUUUCUCUUGGGCAUAUCUGAAUUGCCAGCAUCUCUACUCUUGUACUUUGGGGCCGUUAUUGAAUAAAAUGAGGGCAACUGGAACACAAGCACUGUGAUACUAUGACCGUCAAUCUGAUACAUGACACGACUACUAAGGGACUCGCCGGUGGAGGGGCGGAUACAGCGUGGAGAUGCGGGCCAGAGGGAUGAUUCGGGUCUCGGGUUGGACGGACUGGGGCAGCGUGCGAUUUCAUCAUGGUACUCAGAAUGGCACGCAAUUUAAAACUUAACGAAUUGUCUUUUUUUCUUGGGAUUUUUCAUUGAGGAUUUUCAGACCACAAUUGACUGUAGAUAAGUGAUAGGGGAAAGGAAAACCACAGGUACGUAGGGACUACUGUGUAUUUGAAUUUGAUAUUCGAAGUUCUGUAUUUGUUGUCCAUUUAUCAUUCUUCUGUAUUCACUCAGCAACCAUGUCCUCAGGCUGAAGUGAACAGGAUGUUUUGAUAUUCAGUGCUUAUUCAGACUCAACUACGGGGCACAUUUUCUCUUAAAUAUCCAAAGAUGCCUUUUGAACUUCAAAGGUUAAAACACACCUAAAGUAUUUAGUGUUGUAGUCUAUAGAAGUGUGGUUGUCAUUUGUGAAACUAGAAAUGUUAUUUUUCCUAGUUUAGUAUCAACAUUUUAGUGUUAAAUUUGAUGCCUUGUGAACAAAUACUUUUAUAUUGUGCUGUAACUUUUUAAAAAUUAUUUUGUUCAGAAUGCUUAAAUAACACUGUAGACAGAUGUUUCCAAAAAUUUAAGUGUGCAUAUCUUUCAUGUACACCGCUUAAAAUCAAGAAUGUAUGUUGUUAGAGAAUUUUUUCCAUUACUUAUGGAUCUUGCUUUAAAAAUGUUUUUCUUAAUAUUUAUUUUACUCUGUUGUUGUUUUCUGUGGCUGAGGCAUCUGGUUACUGGUUAUUUUAACAAGAAUAAAAACAUCCCUGGAAUCACUCCCUUUGGAUUUUUUGGUUGUUUAAUUCUUACUUUUCUAUCAUUAAAAAUACUAUUUUACCAAAUAUAAAAAGAUAUAAAUUCAUGCCAAAUGAUUAGCUGUUUUUACACUAAAUGUCUAUAGUCUUUCUGAAAGUUUAUCUGGUGUGAGUAGCCAGAUAAAGCACACAAGCAAGAAUUCUUGUUCUUCAUUUAAAAGAGAUUCCAUAAUGGCAUCGAUAAUAAAUGCCUUUUGUGUAGCCAAAACCAGGCGUCUCAACCUUACAUUUUUUUGGUUCAAGAAAUGUUUAACUGAACAUUGUUAAACAUUGAUUGUUUGCUACCCAAACAGCAGUGGGCGAUGUUGUGCAAUAAUCAUCUACUAGAGUCAAGUUAUUUAGUAGUUUGUUUUGCCAUAAGCAUGUCAUUGAUCAUAUUUUGAUUUGCCAAGGAUGUGCCUUCAACUUUAUAAUUAUAGUAUUGUAAAAAAAA